UUGUUGAACCUACCAAAACAUAACCUCAAAAAAUGAAAAUUUUGUAAACAAAACAAAUUGCGAAAAUGCGUCUUCUAAACCUAUUCAAGCGGUUACAAAUAACUCCUAUAAGUCAAACGACGCGGUUUUUCGCUCAGGAAUACACGCCGAAGCCACUUAGGAGCUUAAAAGCGAAGUCUACUAGGAAUACUGUGCAAUACUAUGUGGAUGCUUGUAGAGUGAGAGCUGUGGCGGGUAAUGGGGGCGAUGGCUGCAUUUCGUUCCUCAGUGCGUGGUGUAAAGAACACGCAGGACCUGACGGCGGCGACGGCGGGCACGGAGGACACGUUAUAUUCCAGGCAACCCACUCGGUGAAGAGUCUGAACCACUGCCGCUCGGUGGUGCAGGCCAAGCACGGCCAGCGCGGAGACAACAAGGACUGCACCGGCAAAAACGCCGAGCAUGUGGUGGUGCCCGUGCCGUUGGGCACGAUAGUGAAGGACGCGUCGGGCCGCGUGCUAGCAGACUUGGACACGGAGGGUGUGAUGUUUGUAGCGGCGCGCGGCGGCGCCGGCGGGCGCGGGAACAAGUUCUUCCUCACUGACACCGAACAGGUGAGGUUAAACUGGAACCGUGUGUUUUUGCAUAACAACUAUUAA